AUGCCAAAUGAUGACCCUCUCAAUGACCGCCACAGCAGCAACAAGAGGGCACCAAAGAACGUUGACAAACAUCAAUCGUCCACAAUGCCGCGCACAAAGUCAACAAAGAAGCAAGUUGACCCCAACGAUAACCCCAUCGCGCGGUGGAACAAGCUCAAGCAUCACGACAAGGUCAUCUGCUGGAACUACUGGCGUUGGAUCGUCACGAACGGUGAGGAAGGCUGGGAUACAGAUUGUGCUGGAUCCAUCCACCAUCAACGAUCUUCCCAGUUGUUGUUGAACCUUGGGAGUGACUCUUGGUUUCGGCACCGUGGCAAGCAAAUGGUAACUCUUGCUCAAAAGUUUGCACAAUUGAAUCAGCAGCCACCUGAAAAUCCAAAAGACUCUGCCCCUACAGCAGACAACGAGUUGCCUGAGCCCCCUUUGACUCGCGUUCAUCCUCGCAAUCCUCGUAAUCCUACACCUCCACCUUUUUUCAGAGACACUUUUGCCACCCCACCAACAUCCCCUACCCCAACCAUGAACGCUGCUGGAAUGCGCUCUCCCAAGGUCGUCAAGAAGACUGUCAAGGCUCCGGCGCCGGCUCCUGCCUAUGUGCCGUCUGGUGGUGGGGAUCACCCCGGGUUGACAGCUCCAACCUCAUUUGGAAUGUUUCGCAAAUUCAACUACACGAGCCGUCGGACCGAGGUUGCCAUGCUCUGCCGCAUGAUCUUGCACAAUGGUGCCACUGUGGAAGACAUUGAGUUUGAAUGGCAGGCGCCACGCCUUCUCAUGAUUCGAGUUGCAUGGCCGGAUUGGUUUCAAAUGGCGGAGCAGAUGGCACAGUUUUGCGUUGAUGACCAGGGGCAGAUGCUGUACCCACCUGAUCAUCCAUUGACAAUGGAUACCUCCGAGCGCAACCAGCAGCUUGUUGAAGAGGACGAUCGUAUUUGGGACUAUGGAUAUCUUCAGUUCGACCAAGACAUGUUGACUGAGGAAGAACCCGCAAUGGAGCUGUUGGAAGUCGACAUUGAAUCUCGUGGUGUCAAAGUCAAUGUGCUCCAGCUGUUUGUGAAAGUUUUGCCCGAAGAUGAUGGGAAAAAAUCGAACAAGGUCAAGUCCGGUCGCACUGUGAAACUCGGAGCAGGUCCCCGUCCUGGUGGAACGAAUGUACGUACUAGCUCAUCUCAAGAAGAGUCCUCUCGUGGUGGCAAACGCACACGGACGUCUCAUGAUGUUGACGUCGAAACAGAACAUGCAGACGUAGAAUCUGAGGAUGGUGCCAUGAUUGAUGGAGAUUACUGA